AGCAUGGAAGAGCCAGGCGGGGUCGAUUGAUUGACACAGUACAAUCGCGUUCGUUAAUUUUUUCGUUCAAUUCAACACACGUACACACAUCAGUUGGAUUUAAAUCGGAACGCCAACUGCCCAACUUUACCCAGGAUUUUCCAUCAUUUUGAUCUGAUCCGCCUCGCUGUUGCCUUUUGUGGAUAUAAUACCAGCAGCCCCAGUGCCUGGGCCGCUUUUACAGAUCUCCCACUUCGACGCCACGCUGUACCCCAUGUCGAUGGGACCGAGUAUCUGAAAGAUAAUUGCGCCAGUGGAUAGUUUGAUGCUCGUUUGAUGUCCCUUGUUAGAAUGCCGGAGAGAGACAAUGGGCAGGAGCUAGCACUGAGAAGUGCCAUCAACCAGGCCCAGCGAGACCUCCACGCAGAGCCCGACACCCCCUCCCACAUCCUGAAAACCGUCCAACAGCAGGAUUUUUAGAUUGACAUUACAUCAGGUUAAAUAUAAGUGGAAGAGAAGUUUGAGAAACUGACCCGAGAGUUGGACAAGGAGCGACAGAGCGUGCUCAACCAGUUUGAGAGAAGCCGCCAGGAGUCCGAGACCGGGACCUUCGCUAGUAUAAGUGAAACUGAGGACUCAUUUUCCUUCCGCCGUUCGGCAGUCAACGAGUCCGUCCUCGAGAGCGAGAGUAGCGUGGACAGCAAGGCGUACAACAACUCUCAUCUGAUUGAUUCUGCCCUAGACGCAUUGCGUGAACACAAAGUCAUGGAUACCGGAGACAGCAUGCACUACCCUGGUUACGGCAACGGACCGGACAGGAGCUACAAUGACUAUGGCAGCCCGGCAGUGAACGGCCACGCAGAAUCCCCAGGACCCAAGCAACAAGUCAAGAAGACCACACAGGUCACCAUUACGAAGCACACGGUCCAAACCCGUAUCGUCCAGUCCCCGGACGGCCGCGACUCCCCGGCCUACGACGGCCGCAACUACGACCGCCCGGCCGACUACCCCGCCCACCCCGACGACUACCGCGGAAGCAACGAGUCCCCCUACCCCGGCGACCAGUACGAUGGCAACAGACAGUACAACAAGACGCCCUCUAUUGACGGCAGCGACCGGCCGGGCUACCGCGGCGACCCGGGGCAGGAGCGGUACGACCGCUCUUACAACGACACGCCCAGUGACAUGUACGCGCCGUCCGUGGAGGGCAGCGACCGUUACGGGACCGCACCGAGGUCACAGAACGCUUACGAUUCUCCGCGGCCGCAGUACGGAGACCGCUACGAUGAACGACCUGUUGAGCCGAGAGCAGACACGUAUAAUAAUUACGCGGAUCCGUACGACGACCGUUACCCUCUGCCGGCCCACGAAGACUGGGACUCGCGUCUGCCGCCCGAGGAGGGCCACUACAAUGGGUCCUACCCGUAUGAUAAUCACCACCCCGAUGACAUCACCGCGGACACCGCCCACGAACAGAUGGCGCCGUUAGGGGCGAUGGACCGCACCGGAAGUCAGGACACGGUGGAAUACGACAAAUACGACAAAGGUCCGUCCAGGUACCGUCACUCCCACCACGUUCAUCGUAGUCAGGAUUCCAUCCCGCGCAAAUCCUCCAUGGGUAGUGGUAGUGGGAAAGAUGACCCCCAGUGGAGGACACCGGACCUGCAGGAGAUCAUUGACUACCUGAGUGACACCAAUCCGGCCAUCGUGGCCAACGCAGCGGGCUACCUGCAGCAUCUGACCUACGGGGACGACCCUAUCAAGAACAAGACGAGGAGUCUUGGAGGCAUCCCCAUCCUGGUGGAGCUCCUGGGCAACCCCACCCCAGAAAUCCACAAGUGCGCCUGCGGGGCGCUGCGCAACAUCUCCUACGGCAAGGCCAACGAGGAGAACAAAGGAGCCAUCAAGAACGCCGGCGGGGUGCCGGCCCUGGUCCGACUGCUGCGGACCACCAGAGACCCAGAUACCAAAGAGCUUGUGACGGGGACCCUGUGGAAUUUGUCUUCAUCGGAGCCCCUCAAGAAAGCCAUCAUUGACGACGGCCUCUCGGUCUUCGUCAACGACAUCAUCGUGCCGGAUUCGGGCUGGAACCAAGAAGAUCCAGAGAACUACCCGAACGAUAACGCCUGGUCUGGGGUGUACAGAAAUACCACGGGGUGUUUAAGAAACGUGAGUUCCAGCGGACUGGAGGCCCGUAGGAAGAUGAGAGACUGCAUAGGAUUGGUGGAUUCCUUGGUCCACGUCAUCAAGUCGGCCAUCGACACCAAUAACGUGGACAAUAAGGUGGUGGAAAACACAAUGUGCAUCAUUCGUAAUCUGUCGUUCAAGAUCUGCAAUGAGGCCAAUCACCCAGACGCAAUCCCGGCCCCUCCCCCUCGGGCCACGCCCUCCAGGAACGGUGUGGCAUCCCCGCCUAAAAAGAAACCCGAUGACUCUGGAUGCUUUGGAGGCAACAAGAAGAAGAAGACAGACAGCUCCACCCCGGCCGGCAAACAGGCGACGUCGACGUUACCGAGGACAAUGACCUGGGAUCCCAACACCCCCAUCCCGGAGCGCAGGCAGCCCCCGAGGGGCGGGGAGCUGCUCUUUGCCCAUGAGAUGGUGGGGACCUACCUCAAGCUGCUGUCGGAGUGCUCCAAUCACGUCACGCUGGAGGCCACCACAGGAACCAUCCAGAACAUAUCCUCUGGAGAAUGGAGAUGGGCUCUUUACGUCAGGGCCCAGGUACGCAAGGAGAAGGGUCUGGCUGUCCUAGUGGAACUCCUCAGGCUGGAGAACGAUAAGAUCGUCUCUGCAGUAGCCAGAGCACUGCGUAACCUGGCUCUGGACACCAGGAACAAAGAACUCAUCGGCAAGUACGCCAUGCGGGACCUGGUCUUCAGGCUGCCUAGCAGCGACGUGUCGGCCAGCAGCGCCACUGACAGCAGCAGGCAGCAGCUGAGCACCGACACCUUGGUGGCCAUCCUGAACGCCCUGCAGGAGAUGAUCAACAGGAACCCGGAAAACUCAAAGUCUCUACGAGAUGCCAGCGGGAUUGAGAAGCUGGUCUCCAUCACAAAAUCACGCAACAAGUACCCCCCAACGGUCAUCAAGUGUGCCUUCCAGGUUCUGAGCACCAUGUGGAAUUUCAAGGACCUGCGUCCGUUGUACAAGCAGGACGGUUGGGAGGAGCAGCACUUCAGCCCCGGCGUCUGGACCACGUCCCGCUCCCCCAACAAGAGCCAGACCCUACAGACCCCUAGCUCAGAGAGGAUGGGCGGUCCCACCCCCCAACGCUCCUCCUCAACGCCAGGCGCAACACCUGCUGGGCGAUUGGACUACGAGGCCUCCCCCCUCCCAGUCAAAACAGCCCCGCCCAGGGAUGAGGCACCCCCGCCAUUCAGCUACGACUCUUACGACCGACGACAGGAGCAACAGCAGCAGAGGAGUGCUCCGUACGAUACCAUUAGGUCACAAGGGUCAGAGCCUGUCGUAGCUAGAGAUGAACGCGACAUGGAGGACCCCUACAUAAACGUCCGCCAGCCGUCGUACGCUAGAGACUCUAUGUCGGCCUAUAGCGACGAAGCACCCAAAGCGGCCGCCGAGGAAGAACCGUUGCCGCCGGCAACCGAUCAGCCCGGCGCCCGGGAUUCUAUGUCGCAGUUUAGUGACGAAGCUUCCUCUUACGUGCCUGAAAGACAAGAGCCAUUGCCGGCGAGUUUUGCCGUGCCGCAAACUCGAGAUUCCAUGUCCGCUUAUAGCGAAGAAGCUCCGUCUGAGAGAUCCAGGGACGACAUCCCAAUGAGGGAACUGAACUACGCCUCCAUCGACCACGGACAGGUCAACGAGACCAGCGGGGGCCGCAGGGGACCGCCCGUGGGUGGGGUGGCCGUCUUUGGGGGCAGGGAUCCCCCACCACAGCGAGACAACGUGGUCUAUGCCCAAGUCAACAAGAACCGCCAACCCUCCAGCGCCGUCUAUCUGGACUCCGGCGGCGGUCCGGCCGGCGAUUCCUGGGUGUGAGCCUGCUCAUCAGACCGGCAAGAACAACAAUAUCAUGAAAUAUUCAUCAAAUUUGUACAUCUAGUGAAUUUUUUUUUAAAGGGGGUUACAAUUGAAGUUUGGUUUUAAAAAUGCGAUGUGAUUUCACGGUCAAGGCCAGUACUUGGAAGUAUCCAAAUUAUACUAGUACAUGUACUUCACCAAAUACAAGUACUACAGGGAGUGAAAUACGCUGUCGGGCAUGUGAAUUGUGAUUUUUGGCACUGACAGUUUUUUUUUUCAUUUGAUCCCUGCCAUAUUUUUCUCCCACAUUGAGAGUUUUGUGUUUUAUUGAUAAACAUGUAGUUGGUUGCCUGUGCCGUACAUAUUUUGCGCCAUUUGUAGGUUGCUGUCACGAACUGCUUGUUAACAAAAAAAACAAAGCUGGCAAAUUUUGUCAGAAAGGGUUUUUUUUUUGUUGAUAUUUGCGAUAUGUUUUCAGUGACCUUUUUUUUUUAAAAUUACUUGCUGCGGACGGAAACAAUGUGUUUGAGAAUUUCGUAUUAUUGAGAGUAUGCAAAUUCGAGAGAAUUUCGCGUAAUUAUUCAGUCUGUGAUUUUUUUUUAGGGAAAAAAGGUUACAAAUAUCCACGAACAAAUUCUCGAAUAAAUUUUUUGUACUAAACGUCCCCUGAUCAUUUUGUAACCAAAAAUUUACAUUUUUGUACAGUGUUUUUUUGUUCAUGCUGUUAAAGAAAACUACUUGCGAAAAAACAAAAACUUUGAAAAAAAUUGACCGCAUUAGUGUCAACAACAAGCUUGCAAUGACGUGUGAUUAAACUAAAGAAAUAAAUUUGGCUUUAAAAUAAAAAAAGAAAAACAGACAUUUUUUAAGCUUGUAGAUUUAAUGUGUAAAACAGUACUUUUUUCCCAGCGGACGUUUUCAAUCGAGCUUAUUGUAGAUUGCAUAAUUAUUCUGAUUAAUUAAAACUGUACAGUUAAAGCAUUUCUGGUAGUUUGUAUUAUUUGACCUUUUGACAUUUGACCUUUGCUACAGUGUAUAUUUGGCAUAUGUAGUUGUAAUGGGGGAGUCGGUGUUUUGGGUUUAUUUCUCCCGAAUGGAAAAGUUUUGGAAAUUUUCCGGAUGGGUUUGGAAUUUCUGAAGGACAUCUCGUGGCUUCAGAGAUUUCGUAGAAACAUUUUUUGUUUAUGUUAAACAUUUAAAUUAAUUCGUAAUUUGGAAAUGGUUCAGAUUUAGCAUUUCCAUUCAAAACGGUUUGUACAAAAUGGGAACAUAUCAUACAGUCACACUUUAGCUGUCUUAAGAUUUAGUGCACGCUUAAAACUUGUUUUAUUUCGUUUUGUGUUUAACAGUAGUUGGUUAACAGAUUUUACAGCCUGUUUUUGGUUUUUUUGGUUUUGGUUUUCUACAAUCCAUCUGGUCUGGGUAGUGAGCUAGGCUCUAGGCUGGUGCCUUGCUUAGAUUAUCCCAUGGUAGUAAUAAUGUACUUUUGGACUCCAGACACCAAUUCAACUGCAAGUAGCUUAGCUUUUGAUGGAUAACGGGUGUCAAUCCUUGGGUCCAGAGUUGGUU